AUGCCUUCAAUUAUACAUCUACCAAGAGAAGUGCUGGCAUCUAUCUUUGAGUCAUUAUCCAAAACUGAUCAAUUUACAUGUCAACGUGUUUGCAAGAGCUGGUCAGAGGUUACAAGACGUUUUUGUUAUGAAGAAAUCGCUAUUGAUAAUACAAAUGCUUUGGCUCUUUUGCGCUGCUUUGAUGUAUCCAAGCAGUCCACACAUCCUGUUUUCUUAUAUACCAAGUCCUUAGAUAUCGAGUGUUGCACAUGUCCCAAUCAUGAGCAUAACCUGACCUACGAAGAAUUCAGAAGACUGAUCCAGUACUGCACUCGUCUCGAAAAGCUCUCUAUGACACUCUACUCGAUUUAUUGGGAAUACCUAUCAAACAUGAAGGAAAUUCGUCUCCAUCGUAUCCAGACUCUGAUCUAUCCCGGGCCAUACAGAGGAAGAAUAGCAGAGGCCGCAAGCAGUUAUUACAGCUCUCUUUACCUCUUUCGUGCUCAACUUCACACACUGGUGAUUCAUUGCUCAUGCGAUAGCUGGAUACAACAGUCUUUUGGUCAUCUACUAAACUACUUGUCUUUGUUUCCAAAUUUGAAGCAUUUGAACAUCUCGGCAGGAAGUCAAAAAACGAUGAUCUACCUCCAUGAUCUGUUGCAGGCAUGUCCAGCCUUGACGAAGCUCUGUUUUCAACUCGAUCACCCAUUCUAUGCUCCCAACACGGCUCAUGGUGAAUUGACUAGCUAUCCAACAUUGGAAAAGCUUAAUAUUUAUUUGCCCAAAUUUUGCAUGUCCUCCCUAAACUAUAUCAUCCAACGAUUUACUGGUCUAAGAAAACUGGUCCUAAGAAUCUACCAUGGAAAGUCGCAUAUUUGGACAAAAUCAAUGACCGAGUAUCUCCAGAGGGUGCUGAUUCCCUUCCUUCAACAAUCAUUAAUAGAAUACUCGGUUAAACUAGACGUAGAGGGUCCUAAUGACCAUAUAGAAGAAACAAUCCAAACGUGUUGGUUCGUGCAGGAUACGGAAGCAGAGUUUGACAUAUCCGAGUCAAGAUAUGAGCGAACUCAAUUGGAACUUAUCAAGGACAACGGCGGUAAUCAUAAGCUUUAUUAUAUAGCAACAUGGAAACCAACACGGGAUUCAGUAUCUCCUUGUAUUCGCUACAUGAAAAACGCUGGAAGCAAGUUCUCGAAAUUGACUAUAAGCAAUUAUUCUUUCAGCAGCCAUUCUCCUGAUCUUGACACCAUCCUUCAGUUCUGCCCUUUCAUUCACAGUUUAACUUUAGAAGGUCUAGGACCUAAAUUCCAUAAAAAGAUCGCCCCUAGGAAGAAUGGACCGCAGCAUCAUUCUUUGUCAACAAUCGAAUUGAAUCAAACACGAUUACUGAAGAUCAGGGUAAUUCUUGAAUUACUCUACGUAAAGGCUCCUCAUAUCAAAAGGAUGGUCAUCGCAAACUCUCAACUUGCGGACUAUGACGAUACAGUUGCGUUACAGAACUAUGGUGGUAACAGAAUUGAAUUGAUACUAAACAACGUGCAUCAAUCCUUUUAA